AUGACAUCAAUAACGACGUUUUGUUGUGAAGAACAGUAUAGUAAAACUGAUUAUAUUGAUGACAACUAUUCCGAUGAUAGUCUCUUAUUAAUGACUGACGGUGGCGAAGAAAAGUCGCCCUUAUUGGGCAUGUCUAAUAAUGGCUUUGUAAGUGGUGAACAAAUUUUAUCUAAUGAUAUACCACUUCAAACACGGCCAUUAAGUUCACAUUGUCAUGUACCGGAUGAUAAAUUUGAUCAUGCUGCACGAAAUCGUCUUAUCAUUGUCUUUAUUCUUUGUUUUAUUUUUAUGAUUAUUGAGCUUGUUGGUGGUAUUAUUUCGAAUUCAACAGCUGUAGCAACUGAUGCAGCGCACAUGUGUAUUGAUUCAGCUAGUUUUCUUAUAUCAUUAGCAGCACUAUAUUUGGGUGCAAAACGACCAACAGAAAAACUUUCAUAUGGUUAUAUUCGAGCAGAGGUUCUUGGAGCACUUUUGAGUGUAUUGACUAUAUGGUUAGCUACUGGUAUUCUUGUUUAUGUCGCAAUUGAACGUUGUAUUAAUCAAAGUUUUGAAGUAAAACCAAUAGAAAUGAUUAUCGUUGCUUCAUGUGGUGUUUUUUUCAACAUAGUAAUGUUUUUUGUAUUACAUGCUGAUACAUGUGCUCAUGCAAUUCCUCAUCACGGACAUACUCAUAAUCAUAAUCACAGUCAUUCACAUGAAAAUCAAUCAUUAGCAAUUAAUAUUGAAUCUGAACAUCAUCAUGAUGAAAUUUUUAAACAAAUAAAAUCAUCGAAAAAUAUUAAUAUUCGAGCAGCUAUUAUUCAUGUUAUUGGUGAUUUUGUUCAAAGUAUGGGUGUUCUAGUUGCUGCUAUACUUAUCAAAAUAAAACCUGAAUAUAAAUUAGCUGAUCCAAUAUGUACAUUUGUUUUCUCAGUAUUAGUUCUUAUUACAACAUUUACUAUAAUGCGUGAUAUUGUUCUUGUUCUUAUGGAAGCUGUUCCAUCAAAUAUUAAUUAUACACAAAUUAUUGAUGAUCUUCUUCGAUUGCCAGGUGUUCGUAAUACACAUAGUUUACAUAUUUGGUCAUUGUCAAUGCAAAGAACAGCAUUAUCUGUUCAUUUAGCAAUAGAUAGUGAUCAUGAUUAUUUAACAGUUAUGAAUGACGCUCAAGAAAUGCUUCGUCAUAAAUAUUCGAUAAAAAGAGUAACAAUUCAAGUUGAACCAUAUGAUGAAAAUGUAAUGAAUUCAUGUGAAAAUUGUCGUCGAUCAGACAAAUAA